CGAGCCUUGUCUCCCUCACUUUUUCCUUCCUCGUCACUUUUCCCUCUCUAAUUCUUCGAAAGAAAUUUAACAUUUUUCUUGUCGAUCAAGCCUCAACAUGUCUUCAUCAACGCCCAAAAAGCGUCCAAAACCGAAGCACAAUUCUCCUUCUAAAUCAUCAACUUCGAAAUCUUCACUUAACUCGAUACUAGAGCCGCCCCAGAGUUUAUUCCCUUCGAAAGGAGAGUUUUUUCGGCUCAUAGCGGUACUCGCAAUCGCUUCCUCAGUUGCUCUCUCCUGUAACUUCUUCGCCACUUUUUUCACCUCCACCUCUAAGCCCUUCUGCGAUAGCAACUUAGACUCCAUCGAUUCUCUCUCUGAUUCUUGUGAGCCUUGUCCAAGUAAUGGGGAAUGUUAUGAAGGCAAGUUGGAAUGCAUUCAUGGCUAUAGAAGACAUGGAAAGCUGUGUGUAGAAGAUAAAGAUAUCAAUGAAACAGCUAAGAAAUUUUCCAAGUGGCUAGAAGUUCGCCUCUGUGAAGCUUACGCUCAAAGUUUGUGCUAUGGGACUGUGACAGUUUGGGCUCGAGAACAUGAUAUUUGGAAUGAUUUAGAUGGACAUGAGCUGAUGCAAAAUUUUGGCCCAGACAAUGCCACAUACUUGUAUGCAAAAAGAAGGGUUAUGGAGACGAUAGUUAAAUUAUUGGAGACAAGAAUAAAUUCCCAUGGGAUACAGGAGGUCAAGUGUCCAGAUUCUCUGGCAGAGUAUUACAAACCCUUUACCUGUCGUAUCCGUCAAUUGAUCUCCAAUCAUGCUCUUAUUAUUGUGCCUGUUUGUGCAGGGCUUGUAGGAUUUGCAAUGCUGUUUUGGAAUGUCCAUCAGAAACGCUGUCUUUCAGCUAGAGUAGAAGAGCUUUACCAUCAGGUCUGUGACAUGCUUGAGGAGAAAGCCUUGAGGUCAAAGAGCGUCAAUGGUGGAGGUGAAUCAUGGGUUGUUGCCUCAUGGUUGCGGGAUCAUCUUCUUUUUCCUAGGGAAAGAAAGGAUCCUCAUUUAUGGAAAAAGGUUGAGGAGUUGGUACAGGAAGAUUCUCGAGUAGAUCUCUACCCCAAGCUUGUUAAAGGUGAAUCAAAAGUCGUGUGGGAAUGGCAAGUUGAAGGCUCUUUGAGCUCUUCCAGGAUGAGAAAAAAGGGGGAGGAAGUCACAUUGAAAUCAGUUGGAGGCAUCAACACAAACUUAAAUCAAUCAGACCAUAAAGUGAAGGCUGAACCUAAAGCACUGAUGUUUUAACAUUGCCACAUGGGGAUGUAUUGAGAAUGGUCAGAACAGCCUCAUUUCAACCUCUAUGUCCUAUAAGCAGUAGCAGAAGACUUUCAUUCAUUAUAGCUUUUAUUUAAGUAAGGGGUUUUGCCGGAUUAAUCAAAGUGUAAAGAGAUUGAUGAACAAAGUGAAAGUUUCCACCAUUUGACAGUGGAGCUAGUCUUUGGAGAUUGUUUUUGGAGGUUAAAAUACUUCCCCUUGUACAUGCCCCACCAGGUUCCUGUAAACCAUUGAACAUCAUACAGCACAGCUUUUUCCUCUUCUGUUGCAUUAAGAAAUCGGCAUCCCAGUUGGGGAUUUUGGUGUUUCAAGAAUUUGGACUUGUGGCAUAAACAAUGUAAUCUAUAUUGCUUCCCUUCAUGCUUAUGUUUUAAACUCUCAAAAUCGGUGAAAAUACCAUAAAAAUUCUUCUGUUU